GUGGGCGCCGCGGCGGGCGCUUCCUGCGGGCUCGCGGGCCGGAGGGCGGCCGCCCGCGCGCGCGGGGCCGCCACGGGCCUGCUGGCCGCGCCGGACACUCCCAGCGAGGAGUGCCUGUGCUGCCUGCCCGACCUCGGGGCGCGCUCCUACUGGAUGCAGAAUCGCGUGCAGAGGGCGCUUCGGGAUCGUGUCUGGGGGCUCUCCGACAUCGAGCUCGUGUGUCUGGGCCUGUGCCCUAUCAGGGAGCAGGCCAGCUUCCUCGCCGAGAUCACGGGAUCAGGCUCGGUGGGCGGCCGGCUUCUCGGAAAGGCUCGGGCAACGGUACUUGAAAAGUGGGGGCAGCGCGUAAAAUGGAUGGCGUCCAGGAUAGACGAUGACCAGCUCAAUCGGUUAAAAUCGCACAGCAUGGACGAAUGGGAUGAACAAGUUUUGAAUGUCGAGCGUGGGGCCGAACAGAAGCGAGCAGUCUUCGCGGAGUUCCCGAACAAGGAGUAUAGCCGACCCGAAUUCUUGCAAAGUUUUGUGCAUAGAAAUCUACAAGACGUGGUCGGCGCGCUCAGUGACGGAGCAUUGAGGGUUCUCGGGUCGUUGCCUUAUCCUGAUCAGGAAGGAGCGCUUGACCAGAUUCAGAAGCAUGACGCUAUCAAACAUUUCGAGAGAGAGAGCGAAUGCUUCACCACGUCCCGAAGAAGGAGCGGGAUUUAGCCAAGAACUUCACAGACGUCAUGCUUCGACGUUUCAUUCCUUUCCCAGAGUCGUUCUUAGCCCCGUAUUUGACCGAAUCGGGCACGCAGAACACGCAGUUGGAGAGAGGUGUUGUGAGCCAGAUUGAAGACCAGAAAGGCCAGGCCACGCCAGACGCGGGCCAGUCAACCUUUCGACGCCUUGGCCCGCCUCCUGCCGCCCCUGCUUUUUGCAUCUUCCUGAGAAGGCUGCUGGACCAGUUGAGCACAGAGAUAGUGUCUGGCAAGAUUGACUUCGAGGUAAUGAGCGAUGACUGGUCACAUGACAGCGUCCUCGGCGUGUGCGCGACCGGAACUCUUCUCCGCAGUGGCAGCAUCGACUUGCUGGCUAUCGCUGGAGAGUCUAUGGAACCAUUCGCUUUAGACGUCCAGGCGCUCUCGCGGGAGGCGCCGGGAUACGAGCUAGUGGCGAUCAAGAAGGUGCUCGAGGACGAGGAUGUCGUCAAGGUCGUGCACGAUUGCCGGGCCCUCUCGGACGUCCUGAAGCACCGCUACGGCAUCCAGUUGCGGGGAGUGUGGGACACGGAUGUGUCCUGGGGGAUGCUCCACGGAGCGUCGACAGAGCCCGUGUCGUUGCAGAGGGCGCUGCUCAAGUACAAGCCGGAUGUUGCGAGGGCGAUAGCGCAGCAGCAGGAGGAGCAGGAGGAGGAGUUGGGGCCGCUGGAGCGUCUCCGAGGCCAGCUGCGGCCCGCGGGCGCAGCGCCCGGCGGGGGGGCGCCCGACGGCGCCCUGCUGCCCCAGCAGCUGGCGCAGAUGGCCGAGGCGCUUCGCUGCAUGGCCAUGGAAAUGGGGCCGAGUCUGGAGGAUCGCCACGUGCAGCGCUUCGGCAGAGAGUGCCAGAAUCGGCUGAGUGAGUUCCGGGACUGGCCCGGCCAGCACCCGAAGGCUUUCCAGGACAGCGCUUGGAGGCCAUUCGAAUUCUCUGGAAGAAAGCUUUGCAUCAGCGGUGUAUUGGUCGGUCAGGCGUCCAAGGAGGAGGCAGAUCUUCAGUCGAAGGCCCGGGAGGACCUCGAGUCAAAAGAGCUCGACAGGCUGCUGUCAUUGCUGCCAGAGGAGGCCAGGAAGGCAGUGGUAGACCACAUGACGGGGCUCCAGGAGCCAGGAUUCUUGGUGGAGGUAGUUCUCGGAAUCAAUCGCCCAGUGGAGGUCUGCUGGUGGGACCCGAAGAGAGGGAAGUCGCAGGCCGAGGUGGAGUGCACGGUCUCGCGGACACAGAUGAAGAGCAUCGUCGAAGACAUGAGAUCCCAAGGCAUGACCUUCAAUCGGCAGGAGCGCGCCGGCAUCGACGGGACCCUGCACAUGAUCUCCGCGACCCGCAGCGAGCCCGCGGGCGACGUCGUGGCGCUCAACAUGCGGGCGGGCAGGGCGAGCGAGCGGCUGGCACUCCUGCUCGAGGACCUCUUCGCGGGCCCCGGGUCGGUGCUGCUCCUGGGGCCCCCCGGAGUGGGCAAGACGACGCUGCUCCGGGCCCUGGCCGGGAGGGCCGCGCGGCCGGAAGGGCCAGGGCCGCUCGAGGAGGAGCGGCAGAACUCGGGGGUGCCCACCUCGCGGCCGCUGAGCAUGGUCGAGAAGAGGGUCGUCCUCGUGGACCCCGCGGGAGAGCUGGCAGGCGGUGGGGACGAGUGCCACCCGUCGGUGCUUCCAGCCUGGAAGUACCCGGCGUACACCGCGGGGCAAAAAGAUCGGAGCGAGGCGCGCCGGGAGGGCAUGGUGUCAGUCGUCGAGAACCUGAACCCGCAGGUCGUCGUCGUGGACGAGAUCGGAACGCCCGGAGAGGCCAAGGCUGCCAAGACGGUCGGUGCGAGGGGCGUGCGCAUCAUCGCCACUGCACACGGAAGUUCACUGCGAGACCUGAUGGGCAACGUGGAGCUCCGAGACCUGAUCGGCGGCCUUCAGGAGGUCACUCUCGGGGACAGCAGCGCACGUGCCAGGUCUGAUCACCGCAAGGUGCAGACCGAGAGGGUCUCGAAGCCCGUGUUCCAAGUCCUGGUGGAGGUGCGGUCCGACUCCCUCGUGAUUCACCACGAUUUGGCUCUGUCGGUGGACCGGCUUUUGGAAGGCACGACCCUCUUCGUCGAGGAGAGGGCUUUCCAAGGUGCAGCCAAGAUGACUCGGUGGCGUCAGUUCUUAGCGCCCAGUCGGGGGUCAUGCGUGAGGAACGGGAGCAGAAGUAAUUGCAGGACGCGGAUGAGGGGGACCGCAAAUCAAGAAAAAACAACUAUUUCUGUUCCAACCAUCCUGUGGUGUUGAGUCCUCCUCCUCCCCCUCUUACCCCUCUCUCCUCCUUUUUCG